ACCACAGAAUAGAGUUGUUCUGCUACACCCGCAAACACGCGAUGGCCAGGGUACCCUUCCACUUCCAGCCAAGACCAUCCCAUCUGAGCAUAUUCCUCCAGUUUAGAAAAAGAAAAAUUAUUCUCACGACCCCUUCGAGAAAAUUUCCGUCCACCAUUCAUCACCAAUCAUAUCGAAACAUAUAUACAUAUAUUAUCUUUUAAGCGAAAAUGGGACUCACUGACGAUUUUGAUGAGGAAGACCGUCCGCAAUUGGAUCCUUCUACUCUUGCCGCGCUUCAAGAGUUCUACACCGAGAGAGACGAACGGGAAAAGCAGUUUGAGGAUUUGAAGUCAAAGGCAGAAGAUGCUUUUGAUGGGUCAAAGCCUUUGUCUAUGGAGUUGUUCACAGAGAGUUGGCAGGACAGUCAGUUCUGGUAUAAGGAUGAGACGGCUACUGUUCUGGCUGAGCAGUUGCUCGAGGGUGUGACAGAAGACAGCAAGAUUGCUGUUGUUUCUGCGCCGAGUGUGUACAUUCAGUUGAGGAAUCUGUUGAACGACCGUGGGAGAUAUCCGAUACGACCAAAGUUGAUGCUCCUCGAAUUCGAUGAGAGAUUUGGCGUGUUCAAGGAAGACUUUUCUUUCUACGACUACAAGCAACCAUUCAAGUUGGACCCCAGCAUGAAAGGUUCUUUUGACAGGAUCAUCUGUGAUCCUCCGUUCUUGAACGAAGACUGCCAGUCGAAAGCCGCACUCACAGUCCGCUGGCUAGCCAAGACAUGGGAGGCACCUCUCAAACUCAUCCAAUGUACUGGUGAGCGUAUGGAGAGUCUUGCACACAAGUUAUACGGUAAGGCUGGUAUGCGUACCACGACCUUUUUGCCCGAGCAUUCGAAGGGUCUGAGCAACGAGUUCAGAUGUUACGCCAACUUCGAGUGUGAUGCCUGGAAGUUUCAACCAGAGGCAUGAUGACGUUUGACUGUAUUGCGAUACAAGACUGGAUUAUGAUUCAAAAGUUGGAGUUCCCAAGAAACAUGGGUUGUUAUAGAAGGAUGAUGGUGUUGGAUGUGUUCAGCUUACAUAGAGUAAACAAUCUAAAGGGCUGGGCUCUUCUUCUUUAGAGAGGUUUUGGAAACAGCAAGUUCUGAAACAGGCAGGGUCACGUCAAAGCUCC